AUGUCGGAAGCCGACGAAGUCGCGGAGGAUUACCGCCAUGCUCUGGAAGACCUCUCCUCGAACAUGAGGUUCGAAAUUAGCAACUUGACCGUGAUUGCGCGAGAGAACACAGAACACGCUUUGGCUAUUGCCGACGUUCUCCAGCAGCAUAUAUUAAAGGCACCCCCGACCAAAAAACUGCCAGCGCUCUACGUCCUCGACUCUAUAGUGAAGAAUGUAGGCACGCCAUACACAUUAUACUUCGGCCGGAACCUGUUUAAGACAUUCAUGGAGUCAUAUGCCGUUGUUGAUGUCAACGUACGGAGGAAGAUGGAGGAAAUGCUCAAGACUUGGAAAGAUCCCGUUCCUGGAUCCAUGGACACACGCCCAGUCUUCUCCCACGAACUAGUUCGGCCGAUCGAAAAUGCUCUUAUGAAGGCUAGAGCCGCAACAAUGCCUCAGCAAGGAGCCAUACCAGGACGACCACGCUCUGCCAUGAUGCCUCACCGGAACACACCUACGCCUCCCGGCAUGCGAGGACCUGGAGCGCCAGCCGGCCCUUUCCCUCUGCAGCAGCACGGCUUUCCCAAUGGUGGCAGACAGGGCGAGGUGCCAUAUCCUGUCCAGCAACAGUUCCCUCCCAACUCCACAACUCCUCAACCACUUGGCUCUAUACCGGCCGUUUUCCAACCGCCCCUUGCUGGACCAUAUGGGUCUGCUGGGGCGGGGACACUGGCUGGAAUAAGCGUAGAAACGUUGAGCAAUGACAUUCAGAAUUUGAUUGUUGCCAUGAGGGCAGAGUUCGCACAGAACCCAAAUGAUAAUAGUGUUCAAAACAGACUAAAAGCCCUGCUGGAUCUUCAAGGUGUCGUGCGCAAUACUAGUUUGCCACCUGAUCAGCUUGAGCUUAUUAAAAACAAAGUAACUGAACUUGCUGCCGUGACGAUGAAGGCGUCAUCAUCCCAGAACUCGACCCCUGUUCCGGGAUUUGUACCUCCUCAAAGCCACCCAACGUCUCAUUCUCAUUCUCACUCUCAUUCUGCGUCUGUAACUCCUGUCCCAGCUUCGGCGCCUGAGCAGAAGCCUCAAGUAACGCUCGAUUCUCUCCUGGGACCAGGAGCAAUGGCAGCAUUAAUGGCCAGACAGGCGGCGACAUCACAGAAUGCCACUCCUACUCCUCCUUUUCACACUGCUCCAAUCCGUUCGCCGCCUCCAGCACAGCAGCUAGAGGCACCAAAACCACCUCCUCACAACCCGUUGUCACUGUUGGAACAGCUUCGUCAGGCUGGCAUGAUUCCGUCUGGGACUCCAACAAACACUGGUGCACCAGCCAUCGCCCCUCCACCACCGUUGCCUCAGUCAAUACUACCGCCGAACAUCUCCAGCAUCUUGGCCUCAGCGAAGGCAGCAGCCAGUCAACAAGGUCUUGACGGGCUCAACAAUGCCGUCUUGAACACGGCCACAUUAAAACAGCAAUUCCGGCCUGAUGCCAUUGCCGCCCUUUACGAUAAUCUUGGACCACCUUGUACGCAAUGUGGCCGAAGAUUCAGGACUGACGAAGAGGGAAAGCGGAAGAAGAUGGCUCACAUGGAUUGGCACUUUCGAGUUCACCAGAGGACUACCGAGGCCGAGAAAAGAGGCACGCACCGAAGUUGGUACGUGGAUCAUCAGGACUGGCUUCGCUCCCGAGAAGUAGUUGAUUCAGAUCACGUUGCUGCACCCGAGGACGGCACAGGACACAGCUCAGAGGCAGACAAAGGCCCCAAAUAUAUACCCGUGCCCGACCCAGCCAGCGGCAUCAACAACGCAUGCCCAAUCUGUCAAGAGAAAUUCGAAAACAAGUGGCUCGACACGGCCCAAGAAUGGGUGUGGCUCGACGCAAUUCUGGUGGGAAACCGAGCCUUCCACGCCUCGUGUCAUGCUGAGGCGACGAGGGAUCGUGAAGGCACGCCUGGUUCGUCCCGACGGACUCCCGAGCCCGUCUUGGGGAAGAGGAAAGCCGAGAAUACUAUUGCAUCGCCCAAGAUUCGGACGUUGAAGACAUCAAUGUAG